GGGUGGUGGGGGGGGGAAGGUCUUGAGAAGGGAACGCGCCUGUUCUGCUAGGCUCCUUGGCGCACCUCCGAGCCCCCUUGAGGAAGGUGGACUGGGGCGGACGAACAGCCCGAAGGCUUCCUGCUAUUGUCCCCAGCCCGGCCUCCCCUAUCCCUUCCCCACCUCUGCUUGACGGUGACUAUGACCUCGGCCACUCCCCAGAGGUGGCUGCCCCGCCAGGAGAAGAGAGAAGGGCUGUUUCCUCCUCCCAGCAAGGAGAGGAUCUAGAAGGGGAGACAGAGUGGCCAGGUCUUUCCCUGGGAUUCCUCCAGGUCAGAGGUAUCCUAUCCCCUUCAGUCCCCCACAGGACUCGCCACCCCAGAGGCAGCCCAAUGAGAGAAGAAAGGGAAAGAGGGGCACGUUCAGCCAUUCCGCCUCACCGGUCCCUUCUAUCCCUGGCUCCUCAUAGGGGGGCCAGCAUAUGGGUGAGGGGGCACACCCUGGGGCCUGAGCCGCCCCACACAGGAUGCCCCGUGCCCCUCACUUCAUGCCCUUGCUGCUACUGCUGCUGCUGCUCUCACUUCCCCAUACUCAGGCUGUCUUUCCCCAGGACCCCCUCCCUCUGCUAACCUCUGACCUGCAAGGUACUUCUCCAUUAUCCUGGUUCCGGGGCCUGGAGGAUGAUGCUGUUGCUGCAGAACUUGGGCUGGACUUUCAGAGAUUCCUGACCUUGAACCGGACCUUGCUAGUGGCUGCCCGGGAUCAUGUUUUCUCCUUCGAUCUUCAAGGCCAAGAAGAAGGGGAGGGGCUGGUGCCCAACAAGUAUCUAACAUGGAGGAGCCAAGAUAUGGAAAACUGUGCUGUACGGGGGAAGCUGACGGACGAGUGCUACAACUACAUUCGUGUCCUCAUUCCUUGGGACUCCCAGACACUCCUGGCCUGCGGAACAAAUUCAUUCAGCCCUGUGUGCCGCAGCUAUGGGAUAACUUCGCUGCAACAGGAGGGUGAGGAGCUGAGUGGGCAGGCUCGAUGUCCCUUUGAUGCCACCCAGUCCAAUGUGGCCAUCUUUGCAGAGGGUAGCCUGUACUCAGCUACAGCUGCGGAUUUCCAGGCCAGUGAUGCUGUAGUUUACAGAAGCCUUGGGCCUCAGCCCCCACUUCGCUCCGCCAAGUAUGACUCCAAGUGGCUCCGAGAGCCACACUUUGUCCAUGCCUUGGAGCAUGGAGACCAUGUCUACUUCUUCUUCCGAGAGGUCUCUGUGGAGGAUGCCCGGCUGGGGAGGGUGCAGUUCUCCCGGGUAGCCCGGGUGUGUAAACGUGACAUGGGUGGCUCACCUCGGGCCUUGGACCGCCACUGGACAUCAUUCCUGAAACUUCGGCUCAACUGCUCUGUCCCCGGGGACUCUACCUUCUACUUCGAUGUCUUACAGGCCUUGACUGGGCCUGUGAACUUACAUGGCCGCUCUGCUCUCUUCGGGGUCUUCACCACCCAGACCAAUAGCAUCCCUGGCUCUGCAGUCUGUGCCUUCUACCUGGAUGAUAUUGAGCAUGGGUUUGAGGGCAAGUUCAAGGAGCAGAGGAGUCUGGAUGGGGCCUGGACCCCUGUGUCUGAGGACAGGGUCCCCUUACCCAGGCCAGGGUCCUGUGCAGGUGUGGGCGGAGCUGCCUUGUUCUCCUCAUCUCAAGACCUUCCUGAUGAUGUCCUGAUCUUCAUCAAGGCUCACCCUCUGCUGGACCCUGCUGUGCCACCUGCCACCCAUCAGCCUCUCCUAACUCUCACUAGCAGGGCGCUACUGACCCAGGUAGCUGUGGACGGCAUGGCUGGUCCUCACAGUAACAUCACCGUCCUGUUCCUUGGCUCCAAUGAUGGUACAGUACUGAUGCUGCCCCCAGGGAGGCAAUCUGGGGGAUCUGAGCCCAUCAUAUUGGAAGAGAUUGAUGCCUACAGCCCCUCCCGGUGCAGUGGGAAGCGGGCAGCCCAAAUGGCACGACGGAUCAUAGGGCUGGAGUUGGACACUGAGGGUCACAGGCUUUUUGUGGCCUUUUCUGGCUGUAUCGUCUACCUCCCUCUCAGCCGUUGUGCCCGGCAUGGGGCCUGUCAGAGGAGCUGUCUGGCUUCUCAGGACCCUUACUGUGGAUGGCAUAGCUCCAGAGGCUGCAUGGAUAUCAGGGGACCUGGUGGGGCUGAUGUGGACCAGGCUGGGAACCAGGAGUCCUUGGAGCAUGGUGACUGCCAAGAUGGAGCUACUGGGAGUCAGUCUGGUCCUGGGGAUUCUGCUUAUGUGCUUCUGGGUCCUGGCCCUUCCCUUGAGACCCCCAGUCCCCCCAGUGAUGCCCAUUCUGGGCCCCAGUCUUCCACUCUUGGAGCUCACACUCAGGGCGUGCGCAGGGACCUAGCCCCAGCCUCGGCCUCCCGCUCUGUCCCCAUCCCACUCCUCCUGGCCAGUGUGGCUGCAGCCUUCGCCCUGGGCGCCUCAGUCUCUGGCCUCCUGGUCUCCUGUGCUUGUCGCCAUGCACACCGACGUCGAAGCAAGGACAUCGAAACCCCAGGGCUCCCGCGCCCUCUCUCCCUUCGCAGUCUGGCCCGACUGCACGGUGGCUGCCCAGAGCCACCGCCGCCGUCCAAGGACGGAGACGCGGCGCAGACGCCACAGCUCUACACUACCUUCCUGCCUCCCCCAGAGGCCGGACCCCCGCCGGAGCUGGCCUGCCUGCCCACCCCGGAGUCCACGCCCGAGCUGCCGGUCAAGCACCUCCGCGCCAGCGGGGGUCCCUGGGAGUGGAACCAGAACGGGAACAAUGCCAAGGAGGGCCCGGGCCGCGCGCGGGGCGGCAACGCGGCGGGCGGGCCCGCACCGCGCGUGUUGGUGAGGCCGCCGCCGCCAGGCUGCCCGGGGCAGGCGGUGGAGGUCACCACCCUGGAAGAACUGCUGCGCUACCUGCACGGCCCGCAGCAGCUCCGGAAGGGUGCCGACACUUCCCCGGCCCCGUUUACCUCGCGGGCGCUCCCGCCGGAGCCGGUCCCCGGCCCCACCUUAUUCGCUGACUCCAGUGGGCUCCCCCGGGAAUGCGCGCCGCCUCUGAGGCUGGACGUGCCCCCCGAGAGCAAGUGCGCGGCUCCCACCGCGCGGCCCGCGCUCUCCGCCCCGGCUCCCCGGCUGGGGGUCGGGGGAACCCGACGGCUGCCCUUCCCCACCCAUCGUACGCCCCCUGCCCUGCUCACCCGAGUCCCCUCGGGAGGACCCUCCAGGUACUCCGGGGGACCGGGGAGGCACCUCCUGUAUCUGGGCCGACCCGAAGGCUACCGUGGCCGCUCCCUGAAGAGGGUGGACGUCAAUAAAUCCCCGUUGUCCCCAAAGCCUCCCCUCGUCGGAGCUUCCCACCAGGCCGUCCCUAAUGGCAGCCAUUUUAACUUUUAAAGGGAGCUGCUCCACGGCCUCACGUGGGGCCCGCACCCUCCAAGGCCGUGAGUUUGACGCUUCUCCAAGGAAGAUCACCGCCCUCUCGUUCCGCACCUCCAGCCUUCCUGGACGCUGCGUCCCGGGGUCCCUUCUCGCCUCGGGCUUAUUUAUUGACUGUCUUUCCCCCUGUCCUCGAGAGGGGAGUGGGAGGUGAGAAGCUGGUCCCCUCAGUGAGCCAGCAUUUCAGGGGGACCUGGCCGACUCCCACUCCUCCCUCCCUUCCAGCCAAGCUGCCUUAACUCGCUCCUCCGGGCUUCCUCCACGGACUGGGCCCCGGGCGGGCCGCAUGGCGGGCGGGCGGGCGGACGGGGCUGGGGUCACGCGCGCGUUGUGUACAGAGUUCUCGGGCCUCCUGGGACUGGGAUGUGCCUCCUCCUACCAUGUAGGAGCCUCCGCUUCCCAAUACAGCUGUGUCCCCGAGCCGCUGCCUGACUUUCCUCGCGGUGGGGGAGGGGAGGGCAAGAGCCGGGCGGCUCUCGCUCUAGGCGCCUUUGCCCCCGAUUCUCUCCGCCUUCAUAUUGGCCCUCAGCGCUCUCCGGAGUAAUUGGAUGUCUGCAGUCCCACCGGGGUUAAUCAGCAAAGGUUUUCUGAAGGAAGUAAGCGAAGAAAUGGUGCGUGGGGAUGAGCCAGGGCCCAGGAGACCGGCGAAAGAGUUUAGGUGGGGUUCGGGGAGGCUCGCAGGGUAAGUUUCUGAAUUGAGGCAAGGGACUUUUUCCUGGCUUAUUCUACGGGGAGGGGGAGGAAGCAUUUGGAGAAAUAAAAUGAAGCUGCAGUGUGAUUUGAGUUUCACAUCAGGAAAUCUUGUCCUAAAGAGGACUGGGCUAGAAGAGUUUGAGUCGCUUUGAGUAGGCUGCGAACAUCUGCAAAAGAUUUGCCGGAGCAGUUCCUCUUUAGGUGGUGGUAGGGGGUGUAGAGAGCGAGUAUUUCAUUACACGCAUGCGCAGUCGUCCCCGCCCCGCUAGGAGCCUCGGGGCCGCAGUGGAGCCCGGCGCGCUGCCGAUCAGCGAGCGUGUGCCUGUCGUGAUGCUCCAUUACUCGGGUUGUUGCUGGCUAUGGAUACCUGUUCAUUACUCUGGGUACCAAUGGGAGGGACGACGGGACCAACUGCCCCGCCCACCGCCCUGGCACUAAAGAUGCUUAAGGCCUGGCGCAGGCGGUGCCUGCGCUGGCGGAUUUCCAAGUCCAAUUUUUCGCCGGCGCGUGGCGGGAGUAUCCGCCCAGUUGGAGCCGUAGGCCAGCUGCCGUUGGCGCCUCCUGGAGGUCGGGCCAAGUCCUGCAGCUAGGGAAAUCCCAGCUCCUCUCUCCUGUAGCUUCAGUGUUCUUGAUGGGGGAACUGCUGAGAACAACUGCGCGAAGAAGCUGGAGAUUGUUUCUGCCUCUCCACCCUUUACUAUUGGAGAUCGUAACUCUGCCCUAAGCCUCGUUUCCUCCUCUGAAAUAAUAGGAUUGCUCAAGUACUAUAAUGUGCAAACGCUUUGUAAAGGAGAAAGCAUGAGAUACUGGCUCCUCCAAACUCAUGUUUAGGCUAUUCCUAAUUUUUCGAUCUGCUUUUACUAGGUAACAGUUUCUCUUUGUAUCCUUACAAAUUUCAUUUAUAGAUUUCCUUCUCAAAGUUUUUAUUUAUUCCUUUCGGUACUGCGUUUUGAACUCAGGGUCUGGUGCUUGCUAGGCAAGUGCUCUGCCAUCUCCCUCAAAGUUUUUAAAUGUCCUGGAGUUCCUCAAAUCUGUUAAGUUUGGUCAAAUUUGCUUGUCCUCUAGAAUUUAACCUCUUUUUGCUUGGCACUUUUUUUUUUUUUUUUUUGCCACUCCACCAGCCCUUUUUUGUGAUGGAUUUUUUUGAGAUAGAGCCUUGUGAACUAGUUGUCCAGGCUGCCUCCAGCCUGGCUUCGAACCACGAUCCUCCUGAUCUCUGCCUUCUGAGUAGCUAGGAUUACAGAUGUGAGCCACCAGCGUCCUGCCAUGUCCAAAUAUUUUCAGUCUGUGGUUGAUUGAAUCCAUAGAUCUGAAACCCACAGAUAUGGAGGGGCAACUAUACAUAGAAGGGAAAUUUGAUCUUGUGAUUUUUUUUGCAGGCAGCAGCAACUUACAUGUUUAAAGUCCAGGUUGUAGUUUUAACUAUAAAGGAUGUUCAUGUAUUAGUGUGUAUGAGUAUAGUGACUUGCCAAUAGGUCUAAGCUAAAUUCUCAGGUUAAUAGAAGCAAGUAAGUUGUAGUGAGAACAGCAGUCCUUGGGCCCUACUAUUUGCUUUGUAUGUGACCUUAAUAAUUCACCAAACCUCUCCUAGCCUCAGUUUCUUCUGUAGGCAUGGAAAGAACAUAUGCUAAUAGAGGUUUGUAAAACACCAUAUAAAUAUGUGGGCUUAAGUGCUUUGGGCUGGGGAUGUGCAAGGCUCUUGAGUUCCACUGCCCACACAGCAAAACAGAACCCUAGGGCGGGCUGGCUGCGUGGCCUGAGUUCAAAUUUCAGGGCUACAAAGAAAAAAAUAAAUCCAACAAAACCCUAAGUACUUGAGCCAGAUGUGGUGGUGCAUGCCUUACUCCCAGAUAGUAAAAAGGAUUUUGAGACCCUGUCUUAAAAAAAAAAAUUGCUUUGUGGGAAAGUUAUCUGCCUCAAAUAAAGUAGGCCACUACCAAGUAUACAAUUCAUUAUUAUUCAUGAGAUACACUUCUUGACAAAUUAUAAUAGUGAAUAACAAAGGGGAUGACUUUGAAAAAUUGUUGAUGACAUUGGGAUAAAUAUGUCCUCAGGAAUCUGUUUCUUUUUUUUGUCCAGUACUAGGGGUUGAACUCAGGGCCUCAUGCUUGCUAGACAGACACUCUUUCACUUGAGCCACUCAGCCAGCCCUGCUGACAGUUUUUAAAAAUCAAAAUAUUAGCUCUGGGCUGGAGACAUAGCUUAAGCGGUAGGGAAUGGCUCCCCUGGCUAAUAAGUGCAAAACCCUGAGUUCAAACCCCCAAAUACAAAAAUUAGCUCAAACUUUGCUUUUAGAAAAAACAGAAUGUGUUACUGCAGUGUGGCUUAAGUGGUAGAGUGCCUGCCUAGCAAAUGCAAGGCCCUAAGUUCAAACUGCAAUACCAAAGCAGCUGGGCAUAACCCAGCUACUCAGGAGGUGGAGGUAGAAGGAUCUGGGUUCCAGGUCAGCCCCAGCAAAAUUAGCUAGAGACCCUACCUCAAAAACAAACUAAAAGG